AUGUUUCUUAGAGGCUUAAUAUUUCUGUUAUCUAUCAGUCAUUUAUUAGCGUCAGAAUCAUGGAAAAAACCUGGCUGCCAUAUUAGGGGUCACAAAAAAAAUAUAACUAUUCCGGAUUGUGUCAAGUUCGAGAUAACGACGAAUGCCUGCCGAGGAUACUGCGAGUCAUGGUCCUUACCCAGUAUUAUGUUUGGUUUCAAACGACAUCCGGUUACUUCUUUAGGGCAAUGUUGUAACAUUAUGGAAUCUGAGGACAUUCCAGUAAAAGUAUUGUGCUUAGAUGGAGAAAGAAAUUUAAUUUUCAAGUCGGCUGUUACUUGCGCCUGCUACCAUUGCCAGAAAGAGUAAAUCUCAAUAAUUUUACUGUUAUAAUAUAUUACUUAUGUAUUUAGUUAAUUAUGCAUUAACAUAAUUGUAUGAAACUGUAAAUAAGAACGAAAU